AUGGAUAAGUAUGAGAGAGACAUUGGUUCCGGAAUUUGAAAAGUCUUUUGCAAUUGGAGCAAUUCCGCGAGCUAAAGGCGUAUUUUCUUUCUCCUGUGGGAAAAAUGACGCAUCGCGCGCGCUCACCGAGAUUAUAAUUUACAAUAUCGGACCGAUUCAAUCGUAUAUACGACUUGAUUUAAUGCCGCUGUUGAUAAACAUGAGUCGGACAUAUUUAUGGGGCGCUAUUUUUUUAGUGCUUCUAGAAUUCACUACAUCGGACAAAAUUCAGAGCACUGCUUCCAAACCCAAAGUCAGUAAAAGGGGACUGAAUUCAUUUUCACCAAAUUAUGGAUUCACAUCAUUUUUCGGUCAAUCGACACCUAAUGAUUUUUUUGGAUUCACAAAACCUUCAUUAUUCUUUACAAAUCCACCCACAGGUGGUUUGGAAUUCGCUUAUCCAUUUAAACCCUCAAAACCAAGUUUUUUUCCAUCUAGUUUUCAGCCAAUAACACCAUCACCACCAACAACACCGUCGCCGGCACAACAAUUUCGUUGUGGGGAUUUUUUCCCCAAUCAAUGUUCGGCUUCGCGAUAUCGAAGUUACGAUGGCUCAUGCAAUAAUCAACAUCAGCCCACAUGGGGGAUGGCCAACACACGAUAUGGUCGUCUACUUCCUGCGGAUUAUGCUGAUGACGUUCAUGCACCCAGAGCAGCAGGAAGUGGUAAUCCUCUUCCACUUUCAAGAAGCCUUAGCUACAUCCUCACGCCUGACAUUGAAAUUCUCGAUAGAAAAUGGACUCUUGCUGCUAUGCAAUACGGACAGAUAAUCACUCACGACAUGGCCAUGAUAGACGGAAGCACGCAAUCGACUGCACAUCCAACUCAAUGUUGCACAAAUGAUGGGCAAUUGAUACCCGAGGCACUCGACAGUCCGUUAUGUUAUCCAAUAAUUGUGCCAAACAAAGAUCCUGUUUAUGCCGGAAGGAAGUGCAUGAAUUUUGUUCGUAGUAAUACCGACCUUGAUCGUGGCUGUUCGUCUCAAUAUGAACCUGCAGAACAGUUGACAGUUGUUUCCCAUUAUUUGGAUCUUUCACUUGUCUACGGAUCAAGCAAUGAUGUGGCAGCAAGUUUACGAGCAAAUGUGGGUGGUCGUUUGAUUGUUGAAGUCCGAGGAAAUCGAGAAUGGCUACCAUCAACACAAAAUAGAAGUGAUUGCGAUCAGGCAGCACAAAUUUGCUACAGAUCUGGUGACAGACGAGUAAACCAGAAUCCCCAGUUGACAAUUCUCCAGGUUAUUUUGCAUAGAGAACACAAUCGUGUUGCCGGUGUUUUGGCACGACUGAAUCCUCACUGGACAGAUGAAACGAUUUUCCAGGAAGCACGGAGAAUCGUUACGGCUGAACAUCAACACAUCUCAUAUUACGAGUGGAUUCCAAUAUUUUUAGGUGUCAAAAAUUCCUUUAAACAUAAACUUAUUUACAAUACAAAAGACUAUGUACAUGAUUACGAUGCAUCCGUUAAUCCAAGUGUUUUAAAUGAACACUCGACAGCAGCUUUUCGAUAUUUUCAUUCUCUUAUUGCUGGUAAUCUCGAUUUGGUGAAAGAGCCCAGAUUUACCUAUUCAUAUAGUGCUUUUAAUUCGUUGAGACUGAGUGACCACUUCAACAAUCCGGCAGUUAUUGAGCGCGGAAAUAAUUUCGAUGACCUCACCAGAGGAUUGGGAACUCAACCGGAAGAGGCAGCCGAUCAGUUCUACGACAGAGAGAUCACAAACUUCUUGUUCCGUGAUCCAAAUCAACUUGGAUUCGAUCUUCGAUCCAUUGACAUACAACGAGGUCGUGAUCAUGGUCUUGCAUCGUACAAUGAUUACCGUGGCUAUUGUGGAUUGCCAAAGGCAACAACGUGGAAAGAUUUUCUUGACUUUAUUUCACCUCAGAAUGUGCAAAUAUUGUCAAAAUUGUUCGAAUCACCUGACGAUGUGGAUUUAACAGUGGCUGGUAUUUUGGAAAGACAUGUGCCAGGAACAUUGGCAGGACCAACAUUCCUUUGCAUUUUAACUGAACAAUUUUUCAGAACUAGAGUUGGAGAUCGUUUCUGGUAUGAAACUGGAGAUACUGAUGCAGCUUUUACGCUUGAACAAUUAAAUGAAAUUCGCAAAGCCAGUAUCUCAAGGUUGUUCUGCGACAAUGGAGAUAAUAUCCAAUCGAUGCAAAUGAGAGGAUUUGAGCAAAUUUCCGAACAAAAUCCCCUGGUGAGUUGUGACUACAUUCCAGAGCUCGAUUUAUCAUUAUGGAAAGACUAUGCGCAAGGUCCAUCGCUUAUACAACCGCGACCGUCAUAUUUUAAGAAAUAAAAUAAAAAUUAUUUUAACUCUCUGUUACUUUUUAUUUUUAAUUGUUAAUGAAUUUUGUAAGUCCAUUAUUUUUUGUACAGUUACUUAUUAUGACUAUAUGGAUCACUCUCAUUCGACGAAAGCUAUACCAUAUUAUUUAGCUCUACUAUAUAUAUAUAUAUCUAUCAUUGUCAUCAAAUUUUUUUAUACUAUAAUACGAAAUAAAAAUAUUUUGUCGUCCAAAGA